AUGCACUUUCCAGGAAACCGAAGGCGCGAUGCGCUUCCGAGGAAGCCAAGGGAGCAACGCGCUUCACAGGAAGCGAACGAGCGAUACACUUCCCAGGAAACCGAGGAGCGAUGCGCUUCACAGGAAGCCGAGGAACGAUGCGCUUCUCAGGAAGCCGGGAACAAAGCACUUCCAAGGAAGCGGAGGAGUGAUGCACUUCUCAAGAAGCCGAAGGCGCGAGGCGCUUCCCAGGAAGCCGAGGAGCGAUACGCUUCUCAGGAAGCCGAGGGAGCGAGGCGCUUCCCAGGAAGCCGAAGGCGCGAGGCGCUUCCCAGGAAGCCGAAGGAGAUACACACCCCAGGAAGUCGAAGAAGCACUAAGCUUUCCAGAAAGCUGAAAGACUAA